GCCUUGGCCCGGUUGGUGCCGGCACUGGCCGCACCGUCGUCGAUGCGUUCCUUCGUAAACACCGACAAGCUUACGGCCCGUGGCGGGUGCGCAGUGACAAUAGCGACUUUGCGCGCUAAACACUGGUGCAGCUAAACGAAGUGCACUCGAUCCUUAGUUAAGUAAGCAUAUUACCAUACAUUUUAUUGGAUACAGUGAAUUAUUCAAGUGUUCGGAACCUUGUUGGAUUGGCAGUCAAUUAGAACUUGCACCACGAUUUCCUUACAUCGACAUAAAAUAGCUUGCUGCCUGUACAUGAUAUAAUGUUUUUGUGGACUAAGACGCGUUACAUCAUGUGAAUAGUUGCCUGCCUCGGAAAAUGACAGUGCGGAAGACUAAGUUGAGUGAGACCCUAGUCUAGGCUCUGUGUGAAAGCAGCUUGUUGGGCGCCAGUCUAGCUAGUCUAGACUAUCAUUUUGGGAUAAUUGCCCUUGGAAGUGCAGAGUAAAAAAAAUCGCAUUACUUAAUCGAUUCACUUCUUAAUUAGUAGGUCUUGCCUACCAACCAUACUGCGUACCGUGGACAAGUUUUACAUUGAUUAGAUAAAUUUAACCGAUUGGUUCUUUCUGUACAUCACUCCAGCAGCCCAAGAUUUGGACGAUGGCUCCCAGAAAGCAUACCUUCAUCUUGUGCUCGUUCAUGAUCAUAGCAAUCAUUGCUCCUCACUUCACAGCUGAGCCACCCACAGCAGAUCAAUCUAUAAACAAAGAUCGUACCAACAGACAAGCUGCUAUAAAGGCAGGCAAACGUGUACCAACUACACCGAAAUGGGGUUUCUUUGGAACAGUGUUCCAUUUAAUUUUAGAGCAAAUCAACGAUACUAAGAGUGCGUAUAGUCAAAUAUCUGAGUUAGUAAAUAAUCAGUUCGCAGAUGAUAAUGCAGUAAAUAAAGCAGCAAACUCAAACAGCAAUGAUACCACCGAAGCACCGAAAAUUUCCAGAGCAGAAUUUUUGAAGAUUCUAGACCGUAAUUUGAAAGGUCUCGCUCGUCUACGGAAUUUAGAAAAUCGUAUAGCCAAAGAGGAUUCUAUGAAAAAUCUUCGAAGAUAUAAGGAUGAAAUUUUCGGAAAGAAAAAUCAAAAUAGGAGAAAAUAACCAGUACCAGUAUGUAAAAAAUGUAUUUGCACAGUAGGUAUUGAGAAAUGUUCUACAUAUGUUUCUGAAAGGCAGCGAGCAAAGGACAAGAUAAAAAACUGACUAUUUUCGUUGUAUGAUUGCCUAUAAUUUAAAAAACUAAGCUAUUGUAUAUGCGCUUGCUUCCUCUUCUCCCUAUAUUAUUUGUUGUUUGGAUAAAAUUCUUCAAAAUGUAGAUAAAUAACAAAGAAUAUAAAUCA